GAGAGAGAGAGAGUGAGAGAGAGGCGCACCUCUGCAUGACAAACUGCGGCUCGGUGCAAGGUGCAUCUGUCCUGUAGAGUCCCUGCACAGGAAGACUACGAUAUUUGGAUCACCUGGAAAUGACAAGAAACAUUAAUCCAGCAGAUCUGAGGGGAAAGUUCAGGACCUGAAUCUGCUUGGCAGGAAUUCUAGGAGGAGGGGAGGAGUGACUACAGCCUUCUCAGAGGUAGAGACGCAUACUGGAGGAUAAAAUUUUACCUUUUGGAGGCCCGAGGAGAGUGAGGGAGUGAAGCAUGCAGGGCUAUGAGGGUGGCACCAGGCUGCGCUACCGGCUGACUCUGGCCUCGGGGAUGCUGGAGUGUCUGUGCUUCGCCGGUGUGGUGUUUGGCUAUGCCUCUCUGGUGUUUGUGCUGAAGGAGGAUGGGUACUUCAGUCAGCUGUGCGACAGUGUUGCAGGUGCCAACGACACACAAACAAGUACAGUGGUGUCUUCUCAAAAAAUUGCACUCACAGACUGUAGUAGACAGGAUGAGAAGUUCUCCCUGGUCUUCACCAUCGCCUCGUUUCUCAACAACUUCUUGAAUAUCGUCAAUGGCUACGUGUUUGAUCGAUUUGGUACCAUGGUGACCAGGCUGCUGGGAAUAAGUUUGUACACGACUGGGACCCUUCUUGUGGCCUUUUCCAGUGCAGCAUUUUCAGAGCUGCUUUUUCCUGCCUUGUCCUGCAUCGCUGUGGGAGGAAUUCUGCUCCUUCUAACUAACAUGCAGGUGGGCAACCUGUUUGCGACGCACCGCUCCACCAUCAUCACGCUCUACAACGGUGCCUUUGACUCCUCCUCUGCUGUGUUCCUCAUCAUCAAGGUACUGUAUGAACAGGGAAUCUGUCUCCGCUCCUCCUUCCUUGUUUUGUCCGUCUGUAGCAUCAUACACCUGGUGAGGACUUUCCUGCUGAUGCCCGUAACACACAUCCCGUACCCUCUGCCACAAUACUACACCUACGGACUGAAAUGUGGAAAGGCCAACACUUACAAUGUGGAGAGGUUUGAGAGGAUGAGGGAGGGCGCGAUGACAGUGUCACAGGAGUCCAGUGGGAGGGACAACACGCCACCAGCACCUGAGGAUGGGACGGAGCCCCAAGACUCUGGAAAAGUGGCGAGUUUCCGGAGCUGUGUGUUGUCUUGGUUCUUCCUGUGGCACCUGCUCUGGUUGUCCAUCAUGCAGCUGAGACAUUACCUCUUCAUUGGCACACUCAACCCCAUGCUCAACCGCCUGGCUAACAAUGACCCCAACCUGGUAAGUCAGUACACCAACGCUUUUGCCAUUACCCAGCUGUGUGGAGUACUGUGUGCUCCCUGGAACGGACUCAUCAUGGACAGACACAAGGGAAAGCCUCUGGCUCCUGGAGAAACGGAGCAGGAGGCGGACCUGCGCUCCUCCGCUCUGUCUCUGUUCCUGACCUCCCUGCAGUGCCUGUUCUUCUCUGUGUGCGCCUCCGUUCCUCUCCUCCCUCUGCAGUAUCUCACCUUUGCUCUUCAAGUCCUCAAUCGCUCCUUCCUCUAUGGCGGAAAUGCAGCCUUCAUUAGCAUCGCUUUUCCAGCCUCUCACUUUGGGAAGCUGUACGGCCUGGUGAUGUCCAUGUCUGCUGUCAUCUCUCUGCUGCAGUACCCCUGCUUCGCCCUCGUCAAAGGAGCCCUGGGUGGAGACCCCUUUGUUGUGGACAUUGCUCUAACUGUCCUGACUCUGCUGGUGUUCAUACAUCCUGUCUACGUCUUCAUCCACUGUAGGAAACUAGCCCAGAGCAGGCAGGACAACACCCAGACUGAGGCUGCUAAUGGCUCCAAACUGGCUGAAGACAAGUUAUAGAAAGAUAGCAAUGCAAGUGUUUUAGCCUUUGUCUACAAGUUUUACUUUUCACGUAGUAAAACACUUUUCUGUCUGUUCCUGCUCAUUUUUUUUUUCAUACUAGAAAAUUGAGAUUACAGUGUUUUGUAUAACUUUUGUCCUUUUAUCCAAGUGCACUGAUUUUACUUCAAAUGUUUUUGAGGAUUGUGGGGACAGAUACAUCAGUUUUUAAAUGUUUUUUUUAAAAAGAAGUGUUAUUAAAUGUUUAAUUGACUGGGA